AUGCCUUUUACCGCUUAUGUUGUCUUAGCCAUGACGAUAGUCUGGGCUACCACCUGUAACCAUGUUGCCUUGUCGGCUUCGGUCAGAAAUAAUAUACCUAAAGCUGGCGACAAGAACGCUCUUGGUGGUAAACUUGCAAAUAUGCCAUUAUUUCGUACAUUGGAUACUGAUAACAGUGAAACUACCACAGAUCAAAAAGAUAAAACUGAUGCAAAGGACGAUGACAGCCUCCUUUCAGAUCUUAGCAAAAUCAAUGUAACGCAAUUUCGUAUCGAUAGAAUUAAAGCUAAGAUUCUACGUAAAAUACGCUUAACGGAACCUCCCAAAGUUGGUGACGACUUACGUGAUCGGGUAGUACCGAAACAAAUUUUUAAUUUAAACUAUCAAGUUGAAGAGUCUCGUCACGAUCCUGAAAAUAUGGAUGAAACUGAAUUCUACGGCAAAACAACUCAAUUAUUCGUUUUUGGUGAACACGCUUCUCUCGCUGUUUUAUCUCUAAAUGCUGCAAAUUGA